CGCCACCUGCCGGACAGACGCAGAAUCACACACUCACGGUGCUCGAGCGCGUCUGUCUGUCAGCCAUGAGAAGCAGAUCUGCUCCAGAAGAUCGAGAGUGAAUAUUGUUCCUGAUCAUCAUAUAUCUCAGAUCGCAGCCAAACAUGGUUCAGUCCUGCUCGGCGUACGGAUGCAAAAACAGAUACCAGAAAGAUAAAAACAUCUCCUUUCAUAAGUUUCCUCUGGCCCGGCCGGACGUCUGUGGGAAAUGGGUGGCCGCCAUGAAGAGGAGAAACUUCAAACCCACCAAGUACAGCAACAUCUGCUCCCAGCACUUCACCAGAGACUGCUUCAAGCGCGAGUGCAACAACCGCGUGCUGAAGGACAACGCCGUGCCCUCGCUCUUCAGCUUCAGCAAAAUACAGAUGCAGGCAGCGUCUCUGGAGGACGCCUUCAGCCCGGACAUGGACUUUCCUCUGAGUCUCCCUCUCUCUGAUGCCGAAGAGACGGCAGUGGUGCGGCCGUCUGAAACGGAGCCGGAGCCGAACCCGGACCUCCACGCCAGCGCCUGCGUGUCCUGCGACCACAACUACACGGUGGAGGACACGGUGCAGCAGAAGAGACGCAUCGAGCAGCUGCAGGAACAGCUGGAGAAGCUGCGCAAGAGACUGAAGACGGUGCAGCAGAAGUGCCGGCGUCAGGAGCGGCAGCUGGAGCGCUACAGAGCCGUGAGCCAGGUCCGGAAGACCGGGAAGAAGGACGUGACGCCGGGAGAGAGCUACGUUAUCUUGCCCAGAGAGAUCUACGACGUGCUGAAAGGAAUAGAGACCAUCGGCGCGUUGUGAGGGUUUGCGCCUGUUUUAGGUAGUCGAUUCGAGCUUCUCUUUUUGGUUUUUAAUUCUUCUGUCAAUCACGACUUGUGUUCUGAAUGUCAGACGUCUGCUGGGCUUUAUCCGGCCGAUGUGUGUUCGGUGUCUGACGGAUCGCAGAACACAAUGUGCUUUCAGGAACGUCUGGACCGUUUACUUGCGAGUAACUAAACCCUUGAGAAACACCUCGACGAACACUGGAGAAAGACACUGACAGAUGUGUUGGAAUGGCUGCAGUUCAGUGUUUGUUCAGUUAUUAAAUGUUUUUCUAAUUUAAACGUCUGGAAUUUUAUUGAAUAGUUUAUUUUUAUUUGAUUUAAUGUACUAAGAUGACCAAACUGGACUUGACUAAACACGUUUUCAGUAGCCAUAUAGUCGCGUAUCAAAGGGCUUUGAGAUUGUUUUUUGUUUAUUCUUGCUGAUUAAUUUAUUGCUCACAAAACAGUAAUAAUUGUGGGAUCAAUUUAAGCCAUAUUCGGGGGGAAAGUGCGAUCAUAGUUGCCUUACGCUGCAGUUCUUCAUGUGGUUUGACUGUUUUAAUUCAUGAUUCAUUUAUAAUCAGGCUUCUGAAUGAUGAAUGUCGCUGUCUUGUAUGAAACACAUCCUUACAAAACUUUACCACGGUACAGAAAGUUUCCAAAGCUCAAUUACUGCAGUCAUAUACUGAUAAAUGAAUAUGGUUUAUGCUUCAAACCAUCAUUUGUUAUGAAAGGGUGGCUAAUAAUAAGUUUAUCACGGUAUUGCUGUAGUAACUACUAUGGUAAAUGUUUGUAUGGGUAAACUGGGAACAGACAGUAUAAACUCAUGUAUGUUCACAUGCUCUGUUUCUGUAAGCUUGAAGAAAGUCCAUGUAAAAUGCAAAUCCACUGUUUGUCCGAUGUUUUUCCACCAUCAGAUCAAACUAAUAUCCCCACCACCACCUUUUUUAAUAAAAACUGAGAAACCAGUA